AUGAAUUCCCAUGCGAGUUCCACCACAUUAUCCUCAUCUGCAGCAGACACAGCACUUGAUGAAACUAAUGAUGAUCAAUUUAAUGUUGUAUUAAGAAUUCGACCAUUAAAUGGUCUUGAGUUAAAUAGAAAAGAUACAUUUACAGUUGACCUACCAGGUGAAGGUCAUGUUGCGAUUGAAACAAAUGGAUCAACAAGAAAUUUUACAUUUAAUGCUGUUUUUGAACCAGAUGCAUCUCAGGAAGAAUUAUUCGAAAAUUGUGGAAUAACAAGAUUAGUUGAUAUGGCUUUAAGUGGGUAUGCAUGUACAGCAUUAGCAUUUGGUCAGACAGGGUCUGGUAAAACACACACAAUGACUGGUCCCCCAAGUCAGCCAUCGACACCAGUAUUCAAUGGGGAGUUUCAGGAAGGGAAAUCACCUGAUCUAGAUAUGAUUGGUUUAAUACAAAGGUCAUUUAAAUACCUGUUUCAACAGAUGAAAGAUGUUGGGGAAAAUAAAGUUGUUAGAGCUUCGUAUUUAGAAAUUUAUAAUGAACAGGUUAUUGAUUUAUUGAAUCCUGCACAUAAAAGAUAUUUAGCUGUUCGCUGGUCUAAGAAUAAAGGUUUUUAUGUAGAGAAUUUGUUUACUAUAGAAUGUAACUCAAUGGAUGAUCUCUCAGCAGUAUUAGAGGAAGGUAUGCGUAAUCGUCAAACAGGGUCUCAUGGUUUAAAUGAGUUUUCCAGCAGAAGUCAUAGUAUGUUAACAGUUACCAUAGAUACAGAGGCACAAGAUCAAGAAGAUGAAAAUCUUUAUAUUACAAAACGUGGAAAACUCACAUUUGUAGAUUUAGCUGGUAGUGAGAAGGUGAGAGAUACAGGCUCAACAGGUGGAACUUUAACAGAAGCCAACAGCAUCAAUAAAAGUCUUCUUAUUUUAGGUAAUUGUAUUUCUCAUCUGGGAGAUGCUAAAAGACGGCAGGGACAUAUACCAUACAGAGAUAGUAAACUUACUAAAUUAUUAGCUGAUUCACUAGGUGGAAAUGGAGUGACACUUAUGAUUGCGUGUAUUACACCAAGUUCUCACAAUGCUGCAGAAACAUUAAAUACUCUUCGUUACGCCAGUAGAGCAAAAAAAAUCAAAACAAAACCUAUAGUUAAGAUGGAUCCAAGAGAGAAAUUAAUACUGAGUUUAAAGCGUGAAAUAAAGAUUCUACGUAACGAGAACCACUACCUCCGACAACAAAUGGAUUUUCCUGCCAAGCCGAAAGGUCAACUCCAAAAGGAAAAUGAUGAAAAGUUCAUGUCUUUUAUGAAGGAACAGCAACGAAAAGAGAGUGGUCUUUAUGAGAUGUUACAAGAGUAUAUGGUAGAGAAUGAAGCCUUGAGAUCAGAAAAUUCUGACCAUCAUUCUGUUAGAGAUAGGAUCAGAAGAGAACAACAGGGACUUUAUAAAGAAAACGAAAAAUUGAUGAAACGAGUUGAAGAAUUAGAAAGAAUUGUAGCAACAAGUCCUCAAACAUGGCAGCAUCUUUCACGUAAUGUUUCACAAGUUGAGCCACCAGAUGCUGAAAGGAUGUCACCAAAACAUCACCAUAUACCGAGUGGUCAGCAGUAUCCUAUACAAACAGGUCAUCCAGGUCAUGGUAAUCCAGGUCAGGGAUAUCCAGUUCAGGGUCAAGUGCAUCCAGGUCAAGGUUAUCCAAGUCAAUCAGGUGUUCAUUCUGGGGGUCAAGGGCCGAGAGGACUCCCAACUAGAUUACCACCUCAAGAUUUACCAAGACCAGAUCCCAAUCAGAUAGGUCAUGUUCCUAAUAAUAGAACACGACCUCCUCCACCACCAGGUGGUGCACCACACCGACCUCCACAUCGUCUUUCAGAUACUAUAGUCAGAACAUCACAAGGGCAAUUUGAUACUGCACAAAAUGGUGGCUAUCAAGAUCAACCUCAAAACAGUCCCCGUAACCGACAAAGACAAGUCUCCCCAAACAGAGGCAACCUAGACAGGAAAGUUUCCACAGGGUCAAAUUCUGAAGCAAUAUAUGGAAUGAACGCAAAAUUAAAAUCUGAAUUGUUAGAAUUGGAGGGUGAAAUAGCUCAACAUCAGCGAUAUACUCAAAGACGACAUGACCCACAAUACCAGAAUCCACAUAGAUGACAAGCUAAUACUUUAUUAGCAUAAUUUUUAUUAAUGAAAUUUUAAGGUUAAUUUCCUUGAUAUCCAGUCUUUAAUGAUUCCUGAUUUUAAUUUUUUAAAUGAAAUAAUUAUUUCUGGAUAAUCAUAAUAUAGAUAAACUGGGUAUGACAUGGCCUUCAGUGUAUGGUGAUUCUGAAGAGGGAUUUUUAUAUUGUGUCUGGAUAAUAAUAUCUAGAGCCCUGUUCACCAAUAUUUAAUCAUUAAAGCUUGGAUUUUUCUACUAAUGAUCAACUAAUUAUGAAAGCUUUAUUAUCAAAGGUUAGUAAAACUGAAAGAAUGAAUAAAGUAUGAACAUUUAUGAGAUCAAUUUGGAUAAUUUCAGCAAGAAAGAGAGGUUAUUUUACAAUUUAGAAAAUAUAGUGUAUAAACUGAGUAUUUUUGUUGACAAUAAUGAUAUGACAUUGUAACAAAUUCAGACAUGAACAAAUUUAUCAGCAUGAAAAUAAGUCUCAGGUAGCGAUGAUGUUUUAAGGACAGAUUGUCUCAAACCAACAACUUAAUUCCAUGUUCCAGGUUCUCCAUAUUUUGAUGUCACAUCCAUAUUUUGAUGCCACAUCCAUAUUUUGAUGUCGCAUCCAUAUUUUGAUGUCACAUCCAUAUUUUGACCCACCCAUCAAAGGAUGGUUGUUUUAAAAAAUCCAAAUAACCACAAACAGCCUCAUUCAUUUCUGCAGGUAAAAAGUCACCCCUGUGACAUGAAGUUAAUCUAUAAAAUUUUUUGAAUGCAUCCAUAGGCUCAUUUAUCAAGUACACAACCCUGAUAACUAUUAAUGACAAUCAUAAAUGAUACUGAAUAAUCCUACAUUACUUUAAAAACAACAUGAUAAGAUAAAUGUAGGGCCUUGGAAUUUGAUGUGUAUGAGAAGUCAUUUAAACAAGUAGUAUAAUAAUAAUAAUUAUAAAAACUUUAUUUAAUGAGGCAACUUAUUUAGUUUGCAAAAAAAAUCCCCAACUAAUCUUCCAUAACCUUUUGACAAAUAAAAACCUCCUUCCUGCAAGUAUAUUUGUUUAUGACAGACAAAUCAUUUGUGCUCAUUUACAUGUGAAAAGUAAUAAUGAUUAUGUAGGAGUAUUUGGAUUUCUUACAAAUAUAAGAAAACAAGUGGUGUAACCGUAACUAAUUGCUUCCAGUGUUAAACAUAGUGAACGGAACUUCUAUUUAACUUGACAUUGUGAUUUAACCGGGCAAUACAUAUAACAUAGAUAGAUUUAUAGUUUGAAAUCUAUGUCACCAGAGAUCUAGUUAUUACCUAUUUAAUGUGAUAUUUAAAAGUUUAUAUGUGUUUUUUAUAUUUAAAUGUGUUUGUAUAUUGUCGUCACUCCCAGUAUUUCAUCUGUCUGUCAGUCAACCUGUCAUCUACAUUUGCUGACAGAUGCUGUAGGGGUUACAGUUGUCUUGAAAUUUAUACACUGUGUUUAUGUUUUACGAGACAAAAAAGCCUAUUGCAGAGGUUUUCUCACAACUAAAAUUAUCUUUCUAGUUCUACACAAUGCUCGUGAAGAAAUCUAUUUGUUUUCAGUAAAUUCUGGUAAUUACUUUCAUAGAGUUAUUGUCCUUGAUGCCUUUGAAAAGUCCUGUGAACCCUCUAAAGUCUAAGGUUAUCAACUGUUGAUUAGAACUUUAUGUUCUGGAGAAGAAAGGGCUUAUUGAUUUUUAACAAUAUACGGAUGUUACUCGAAAAACUAAAGAUACCUUCAGUUUGUGUUAGUGCUUGGAAGAUGAAAAACUAAAGAUACCUUCAGUUUGUGUUAGUGCUUGGAAGAACUAGAAGCCUAUCAAAUUUGAAUUGUUUCUGAUAAUUACUUCAUUGAUUGUUGCCCUUGAUCAGGUUUUAGAAUGUCUCGUAAUGAAUGUGUACAUUACCCACAACAGAAUAAAAAUUCAACAACAUUUUUGGACGACUCAGAAUACUUAGCUGCUGUAGGCAUAUGUUUUACGACUGGCAACUUAUAUUUUAUAAUAAUUUAAGUACAGCACCUUGUCCUUAUCAUGUGCAAACUCCGUCCAUUUUGUAUAAAUAUUUUGUACUUUUUAAUAUUUUACUCAACCACAUUUGAUGGAUUCUUUUAUUAACUUUCACUAUAUUAAUAAUUUAUUGUUAUACAAACAGUCCAGACUAUCCAUCCAUGUUAAUGCUCAAGAGGUGUGAACUUAUAGAGAUUUCAUUUAUAUUAUGCAAAUAUGAUAAUAUAUGCUCAUUACGUUUAAUACUAUGAUCUCAAAACAGAAUCUAAUGAUAUAAAAUUAAGUUCAUAUUUAUUAAUCCAUCUCUAUAGGUCAUUGUAGUUUGUUCUUGUUGUGUGAAUACAGAUUAAUUUGAUACAAAUGACUGUGAUAAAUAUAGGAUAUUUAUAUUAUCUAAACCUUCUCAAGUUAUUUGUGGUGAUUAAAAUUGCUAUACAUUUAGCUAAGUGUAUGGAUGAUUUUUGUUAAUAAUUAUAUUAUUCUCAGACAAGCAUUAAAAUUUACAUUUCUCCUAUAAUAAUUAUUCGCUCAAUGUGUGCAUUUAUUGCAUGUCUCACUAGUUGUACCAACUAUUUAUGUGAAACCCUAAAUAAUUGUAAAUAUUGAAUUUAUUUAUGUGAUGAGCUGUGGAUAUUAAUUUUAUUAUUAAAACUUCCUCAUGGAUUAUUAUAGUUUCUAUAUCUAUUGUAGAAUAUCGUUUUAUCUCAGUAAUUGUAAAUAGAAAUGACAUGGGGUUUAAUGUCCUACUGUUCUACUCCGACUGGGCUAAAGACAGAAUUGUAAAUAGUAUAUUAUAUGAACUGUUAAUAAGUGCUCAGAAUCUCUUUACAUGUUAAUAAAAUCAUAUUUCAACUAAAUUUGUACCUUGAUUUUGGU